GCCGUUUGUUUCCCCGAAGAAAUGCGCACCAUUUAGCCGGGACACGCAAAGCACUAGCGUUUCCGGCCAGCUCAGCGCGUCAGCACUGUGGUGUUGUCAAUUUACAGCCCGUCAUUUACUCCUCGUUAUUACCUGUGGCUCUUCUCCCCUGUGGCAGCGGGUUAACGCAGAGCACGGCUCAGACAUGGUGCUGCUGACGAUGAUCGCCCGGCUGGCAGACGGACUGCCGCUGGCCGCCUCCAUGCAAGAGGACGAGCAGGGAAGCGAAAAGCUGGGCCGGGACCUUCAGCAGUACCAGAGUCAAGCUAAGCAGCUCUUCAGAAAACUCAACGAGCAGAGUCCCACACGCUGCACUUUAGAGGCCGGCUCCAUGGCCUUUCACUAUGUUAUAGAGAAAGGAGUAUGCUACCUUGUGCUGUGUGAAGCAGGCUUUCCUAAGAAGCUGGCCUUCGCUUAUCUAGAAGACCUGCAGGCAGAGUUUCACGAGCAGCAUGGAAAGAAGGUUCCCACAGUAUCCCGGCCUUAUUCCUUCAUUGAAUUUGACACAUACAUCCAGAAGACCAAGAAGUCGUACAUUGACAGCCGAGCCAGAAGGAACCUGGGCAGCAUCAACACGGAGCUGCAGGACGUGCAGAGGAUCAUGGUGGCAAACAUAGAGGAGGUGCUGCAGAGAGGGGAGGCUCUCUCCGCGCUGGACUCCAAGGCCAGCAACUUGUCCAGCCUGUCAAAGAAGUACAGGAACGAUGCCAAGUACCUGAACACCCGCUCCACCUAUGCCAAGCUGGCAGCUGGUGGUGUGUUUUUCAUCAUGCUCAUUGUCUACGUACGCUUCUGGUGGCUCUGAGGACAGAGAGGGAGAGGGGGGAAAAAAAGGAAGGAGAAAUUGAAGUAGAAAACGAGCUGUACAGAGUCUGCAGACACCAAGAAAAGCCGUCACCUUUGACUAAAAACAGGAUCCCUGCUCCUAAUAAGACUCUUGAAUUUAGACACACCACCCAUUCUGUUCCCAUCUGUCCAUGGAUAUGUGAUCUGAUGAUGAUAAAUGAUGUAACGAUAAUGAGUUUUAUUAUUAGCAAUUGCACAGUAGUGCCCUUGUAGUUCCCUGGAGUUAUGGUGAGAUGAAGUGUGUGUGUGUGUGUGUGUGUUUGUGGGUGUGUUUGUGUGUGAGAGAGAGGGAGAGGGAGAGAGAGAGUGUGUGGUGGCUGCUUUGUUUUUGAAUGUCUGGUUAGUGCAAGUGUGGGAAAAAAAAUGAAGAGAGAAAGAGCUUUCCUGUUUUGUGUGUUAUGAGCAUUGUAUGAUAACAGCCCUGCACUUGCUGAUUUAAUCAUACAUAAUGUCUACCAAUACACAGAAGAAUAAUUUUGUUCACCCUAAAGACAUAAAAGGGUUUUGCCUUCAUUAACAUUACUGUAUAAUCAUGUUGUGGUGGCUUUGCAGACAUGGACAAAAUAUGUAAUACGGUUACAAAUAUUUGAGAAACAUGGAAGUGCGCUAGACAUUAAUUCUUAGGCAGUUAAAUUGGCUCAACCACAACAUAAGCAAACUAAUUUAAGUAGACCCGUUGUUUUUAAUAUAUGGAAACCUUGCAAACAGUCUUGCCUACGUCUGAUUUGGUGUGAUUUAUAAGGUGUUAUGGGAUGUCUAUGACCCUAUAAUAUGACCUCAAUAGAGUAUAUGCUUUAUAUAUACUCUAUACGUCUGUCUCCUGCACCGUGACUGUGUGGACCAGCAGCUUUCUGCAGGUAUAAACGAGAGUUGAUGUCCCGAUGUUGAUGAUGGGAUUGUUUUAUUUUGUAUAAAGUUAACGCAAUCGUAGACUCUGUUUAAAAGAUUAAGGCUGAAAGUGAGAUUCAGAGGUGGCAAAGGUAACCAGCCUCGGAUAACUUCUGGAAAGGAGAGUUCUCUUUUUCUGUUAUCUCUGCUAUCUGUGAAUAAAAUGAUUUGCACAAAAAUGUU